AUGAAUAAAGUUUUGAAAAGUUUGGCUGAGAUCGAAAGUUCAGUCAAACUUCCAGUCAAAUUUCCAGUCCAACGCCCAGUCAAACGCCCAGUUCAACGCCCAGUCCAACGCCCAGUCAAGAGUCCAGUCAAACUUCCAGUCAAACUUCCAGUCAAACCACCAGUCAAACUUCCAGUCAAACUUCCAGUCAAACUUCCAGUCAAACGUCCAGUCAAACGUCCAUUAAAACGUUCAAUCAAACUCAGUCAAACUUCCAGUCAAUUUUCCAGUCAAACUUCCAGUCAAGCGUCCAGUCAAAUUUCCAGUCAAACGUCCAGUCAAACGGCAGUCAAACAUCCAGCCAAACGUCCAGUCAAACGUCCUGUCAAGCGUCCAUUCAAACGUCCAGUCAAACGUCCAGUCAAACGUCCAGUCAAACUUCCAGUCAAACUUCCAGUCAAACUUCCAGUCAAACUUCCAGUCAAACUUCCAGUCAAACUUCCAGUCAAACUUCCAGUCAAACUUCCAGUCAAACUUCCAGUCAAACUUCCAGUCAAACUUCCAGUCGAACUUCCAGUCGAACUUCCAGUCAAACUUCCAGUCAAACUUCCAGUUAAACUUUCAGUCAAUUUUCCAGUCAAACUUCCAGUCAAGCUUCCAGUCAAACUUCCAGUCAAACUUCCAGUCAAACUUCCAGUCGAACUUCCAGUCAAACUUCCAGUUACACUUUCAGUCAAACUUCCAGUCAAACUUCCAGUUAAACUUCUAGUCAAACUUCCAGUCAAACUUCUAGUCAAACUUCCAGUCAAACUUCCAGUCACACUUCCAGUUACACUUCCAGUCAAACUUUCAUCUAAAAGUUUCGCCAAACGUGAAAGCUUCGCUCAAAUGGUCAGUUAA